UUCGGUAUUUUGAAAUGCAUUUUCACAUAAACGAACUUUUCGUGUUUGCUCUCACUUAUGUGCGUUUUUGUGUUGGUACAAUACGACCUGGUGAUGCCUUAUCGGCAAUGGCCGGUGAGGGUUUUACAGCCUAUUUGGAGUUGCCAAAAACAUUUGGAGCAAUCGAAAAUUGUUGGUUUCAAUUUGAAGGUGGUGCGAAAAUUCAAAUUGAUUUGAAUUCCGUGGAAUCCAUCAUAACGGCACGUGAUGAAGAAGUGCUGCCCUUCUCCGCCAAUGUAUGUGGCAUUCGGGUAAAUAAACUAUCCCCCGUUUCGGCUGCAAUUUGGACGCUAGAAGCGGAAAAUGCCUUUGGUGACUACGAUCAAGGAAAAAUUAAAAUAUCAAUACUUUCUAUGCAAAAGAAACAACUAAAUACCAGCACAGCGAUGGCCAUUGGCGAGGGUGCCAUUUCGUGCACUUUACCCACAACUGCCACAAACCAAUGCAAAAUCAUAGAGUAUAAUAGUAAAGAGGUUUGGAAUUCUUGCAACAUCUACACCCAAUUAAGACCAAAUCAGACUUUCGAUUGUUACACCAACAAUUUGGGAUGCAUUACACAGAGUCAUGAGCAUAUAACUGUUGAGCUUAAAAAUAGUACUAUGUACACUACGGCCAGUGUGACGGAAUCGGAUAAUGGUGUAGUGAUGCGCUGCCAAUUCAGUAGUAUGGUACACGGUUGUCAGGCUGAAUUGCCGGGGCGUAAAAAGGAGUUAUACAUUAUGGAGGGAUUGUACAAUGGACACUACUCGGCCUAUGACACAUUGUAUUCGAAACAGCGUUGUGCCCUGGAAAUACCCAAACCUUUAGCGGAAUCAGAGGUGGGGUUAUGGCGUAUGUAUAACACAGAAAAAACACCACCAGCUGGUUGUCUUUUCCACGUUGGCAAGCCAAAGGAACAAAUAAUGGCCGACGAGUUGAGCAAGUUGAUGUUGGAGGUAAAAAAAAUUCGAGUUUUCGAUACAGAUACCAAUAUAGAGCUGUUUAUGUGUGAGGUGCCUUUCAGCAUAGACGAUUGCUAUUUGCGUGAUCCCAACAAUACAGUAUACUUUCCGGAUUCUAUACGUUUUGAGCGCACGCGCACUUAUGGCCAAUGCCAUUUCACUAAAAUGCCAGUAAUGGCAGGUAGUUGGAUAUGUGGUGCGCGCGGACAUGACUAUGCCAAGGAAGUGUUGCAGACAUUUGAGGUCAUAGUAAAACCAAAAGCAGGCGAAACGCUAACUGAAUCGCUGAAAUUGAAAAGGGGCAAAUCGGCCGAAUUGAUGUGUCAGAGCGCGUUUGAAGAACCGCUUACGCAUUGUGCCUUCAUCGAUCCUCUCGGUCGUGUACACUUGGUUGGCACUGCUAAUAGCAUUAAAACUGCAGGCCACGUUAAGUACUUCGGACGCGGUUUGCUAUGGGGUGAAUGCGGCGCACAGAUAAGUGAAACCAAUAGUGAUGAUUUUGGCUUGUGGAAAUGCCAGUUUGUUACCUACAACGAUAAACGCACAUCAAUAUUUAUACUGCGACUGCGUCAAUCCGUUCUUCCUGCAUCAUGGUUUGGCCUAGGCGUUGGUAUUACUAUCAUUGUUGUGCUGCUAUUGGCUCUGCUGCUAGCUACAGUGUUCUACCGACGUCGUAAUCGCACAGCCCAACAUAAUUUCACUUCAACGGAUGCAUUCGAUAUGGCUGCGAGUAAUUCUGUGACAAUGACAUCAUUGGAAACUUUGGACCAUCCAGUUGUCGAGAGAUUGUAG